CUAUAAACAACAGCUGACCGGUUGAACUCAUCAUGAAAUGUCUGAUAUUUAUUUGUUUGGUGUGGGUUGUGAAUAAUCCAAGAUGAAGUGCAACGAAAAUAUCAAGUUAGUUGGUACUAAAGUAAUUCUUGUGCCUUAUGAAGCAAAACAUGUUCCUAAGUAUCACGAAUGGAUGAAGGACCCGGAGUUGCAGGAGCUCACUGCGUCCGAACCUCUAACAAUCGAUGAAGAGUAUGACAUGCAGAAAUCAUGGAGAGAAGACGGCGACAAAUGUACGUUCCUAGUGCUUUCGAAAGAAGCAUUCGAAAAAACUCAGGAUGAAAUAGAAUCCCUAAUUGGAGACACGAAUUUAUUCCUCUGUGAUGACCCCGAAGGUCGGAAGGUAGCAGAAGCAGAAAUAAUGAUUGCUGACAAGAAUUACCAAGGGCAACGUUUGGGGUGGGAAGCGAUGUUGCUUAUGCUGGAUUAUGGGGUGUCUAAGCUGAAAAUUGAGGAGUAUAUUGUUAAAAUCGGUGACAGCAAUGAAAAAAGCAUAAACAUGUUCAAGAAGAUGCAGUUCGAUGAGUCAGCACGGUCAGACGUGUUCAAAGAAGUGACGAUGCGCCGAAUAGUUUCGAAUGAAUGGUGUGCCUGGUUGCAGUCUCAAGUCAACUAUGUUAUUGAAAAGUAUGAAAGAUAAGCUGAUCAGCAAAAUACAUUCUGGUCAUAAAACGAUCAAAGCGA